AUGCUGUUUCUUUUUUCUUCUGUUGCCUUCAACGAGUCUCUUCUUGGAGCAUCUCUCUCUAAAUAUAUUUAUGUCGUUUUUUCCUCCUCUUUUUACUGCUUUCUCGUCAAAACAACUCGAGUCUUGCUCCUUCGCUGUCGGCUGUUGUUACAAAUGCAGAGAGGCGCUGGCGACGAAGAACGGCCUGACUGCAAAACUGUUAAACAACAAGCACACCGUUGUGUUUUGCCUUCAUGGAAGGGCUUGACAAUGCAAUCGAACUUUUUGUACGCAUUUAAUGAAGCAGAAAGGAUAGCUUUCCCCUCCCCUGUAAACAUCCCUUCCCUCACUUGCACUUUUUUUUCUCCACUCCCGAUCCCUUUCCCGUCCCAAAAAAUGUCUUCGUUUCUGUUUCUGUUAUUUUUUUUUCAGCCCACAAUAGCUUCUUCUACAGCUAUUAGUGCUUUGCUUCAUGGACAUGGAGUUUGGCUGGGAAGCCUGAGAAGAGACAAGUCAACGUCGUUCCUCACUUCAAAAUGA